AAUCUGGACAUUUUAAAAAAAAUUGUCCAAGAAAUCAAUCUCUUCAACAUGUCCAGCAAACUCACCAAGCGCUCCAAGUACAACAAGUACAACAAACUCAACAAACCCAGCAAAUUUCUUUUUGCAAUAAGUGUAAAGAAUCUGGACAUUCUAAACAAAAUUGUUCAAGAAAUCAGUCUCUUCAAUAUGCCCAGCAAACUCAACAAACACUACAAGUACAACAAAUGCAACAAACUCAACCAAUCCAGCAAACUUCUGUUUGCUAUAAUUGUAAAGAAUCUGGACAUUUUAAAAAAAAUUGUCCAAGAAAUAAAUCUCUUCAACAUACCCAGCAAACCCAGCAAGCACUACAAACACAGCAAAUGCAACAAACUCAGCAAACCCAGAAAACUUUUUUAUGUUAUAUUUGUAAAGAACCUGGACAUUUUAAAAAAAAUUGUUCAAGAAAUCAAUCUCCUCAACAUGUUCGGCAAACCCAGCAAGCACUACAAGCACAACAAAUGCAACCAACUCAACAAGCCCAGCAAAAUUUCUUUUGUUAUAAUUGUAAAGAAUACGGACAUUCUAACGAAAAUUGUCCAAGAAAUCAGUUUCUUCAAUAUGGUCAGCAAACCCAGCCAGUACUACAAGCAAUGCAAAUACAACAAACGCAACAAACUCAAAAUGUUAUUAUUAUUCAUAAUAAAAUUGAAGUGUCUCUGCAAUCUGAACAAGCUGAAGCUAAAAAGGAGAAUAAAGA